AUGGAGGGCGCCCCGAGGGCAAACACGCGGCGCCGCCGGCUGGUCGAGAGGGGAUCAGAUCGCCUGGCCUUCAUCACCGGCCAGACGCGCGACCUCCCCCCCGACCCCUACCCUGGACGCGAAUUUGUGUUGGUAUAUGGCCAAACCAUUCAUGGGGAGCUUCUACCUGAAGUCCUCGCAAUGAAUUCACCGGUUGCCGAGCCCCGUCUACAACCCAAGCAUAAGAGCCACAGUAGCGAAGGCGACCUACUCCACAAAUUCAACGCAAGCAGCGCAGUUUCUGAGAUCCAGCCAGUAUAUGAGCCGCCGUUGCUGCGGAGCCGUGAUGAUGAAACCCUCAACAAGAGGACUUAUGAUUAUGGAGCAGCAACUGUGCAGCCUAAGAGGGACAUGGAAAUGAGACCCAGAUCUGUGCCUCCGAGGGACAUGGGAUCUGUGCCUCCGAGGGACAUGGAAAUGAGACCCAGAUCCGUGCCCCCAAGCCAGCCUAACCAAGCAGACGACUCAUCUUGGUCUCUGGAAACUCUGAAGCAACUCGUGGAUUUCACGCCGCAGGAGAUCACCCAGGCCAUCUCAGCCACAGAGCUCAACCGCUGCUUAGCAUCCAUUCUCAUCGCCUUCAUUGUGGUUCUUUCGAACUGGGGGCUGGACGUUGGUGGCACCAUCAGCAGAGUACUGGUUUGCACAAGGCCGCUCCUGUUCCUCAUCAUAACGAACGUAACCAUCGUCAUGUCGUUGCUGAUGGAGAACAGGGACCCCAAUGCGAGGGGCAGACAGGCCGGCAUCAGCCUUGGUUCUGAUGGCUUAGGGCUGAUGCUGGAGCUCGGGAUGCUGCUACAGAAGGCGUCUGAAGCUAUGCUGAUGGACUUCAGCAUUUGCGCUGUCAUCAUGAUCUGUUUUCUUUGA